GCAGGCAGGAAUGUGGCUGAUAAAUCAGAGAUAACCCCACCCCUACUACAUGAGAAGGGCUGGCUGGACACUCAGCUCCAGUAUAAAAGGCAGAGGCAUCGUUGCAGAAGACGCCAGUGUGCAAGCUGCUUGAAGAGGCGAGACAAGAGAGAACAAAGCACCCUUGCCUGGCCCAUCACUUCUGCGGCAUGGAUCUCCAGAAGGUGCUGCCCCGGAUGGUUCUGCUCCUGCUUUUCCUUUACCUGUUACUGCUGGGAGGUCACUCCCAUCCUCUGAGAAGUCCUAGCCAGUCUCCAGAACAAUUCAAGAUGCAGAAGCUGCUGGAGCUGAUAAGAGAAAAGUCAGAGGAAAUGGCUCAGAGACAGCUCUCGAAAAACCAAGGCCUCACAAAAGAACAUCCAAAAAGAGUCCUUCGGUCUCAAGACAGCACCCUCCGGGUCCCGCAGAGACGUCAAAAUUCCAAGCAGACGCAUAUUUCAAGCUGCUUUGGGCACAAGAUAGACCGGAUCGGCUCCGUCAGUCGUUUGGGUUGUAACGGGCUGAACUUGUAGGAAGACCUCCUGGCUGCAGGAGACUCUGGCCUCUGACUCUACCUGGAGCUCUUUCCCCAGCUCCAGGACCACCUUUGAAGUGAUCCUAUUAUUUAUUUAUUUAUUUAUUUAUAUUUAUUUAUUUUGUUGUUUUUCUACAAGACUGUUUCUUAUCUUGGAGCACAAACUUGCCACGGCGUAAUAAACACAGCACAUGUUUCUUGCUUUU